AGUCGAGCUUUAGGCGCAGAGAAAUCAACAAGUGUGAUAACUAAAAGAAAUUACAAAGAGGAUGGCAUACAGCAGCUCCAGCUUGGACAUCAGUCCGAAGACGCUUAUCGGAGUAGGCGUUGGCUUGGCAGUGGCGGGAGGAGCGAGCUAUUUUCUCUACCACCGCUAUUUACAAUACCGAGAUGCUAUGCCCCAGAAGUGGAGGCGUGUGGGAACGCUGCAGCGGAUCAACUUAUUUCCGAUCAAGUCAUGUGCUCCACUUGACUCGACACCGGGCCGCGAGUACGAUUGCGAUGUACUUGGUAUGUCAAUCGAUGGAAUACGCGAUCGCACAUUAAUGCUACUCGAUGAAAAUAACACUAUGGUGACGGCAAGAGGUUAUCCCCAUAUGAAGUUAAUAAAGCCAUGGCAAGUCUCGGACAAUGGUCUCAUAAUUACCGCACCAGAAAUGCCCGAGUUGGAACUUGAUUUCAAGAACUUGGAGAGUCCUGGCCAGGAUUUGCGUACAUCCAUUUCGGGUGCCCCCGUGGAUGCUAAGCUUUGUGGCGACCGGUUUAACAAGUGGUUCUCUCAGUUCAUCUUGGAGAAGAACACCGGAUUAAGGCUAGUGCACUAUCCGUACCCAAAGCCGGUGAAGAUAAUUUGUGACGACUUGAAGAACAUGCCCUUCAUGAGGCAAGAGGAUUCGGGAACCUUUAAUGAUGGGACGAGCUACAUGCUCAUGAAUCUGUCGUCGGUCGACGACCUUAACACUCGACUAAAGAAUCCAGUGGAACCGCUGCAAUUUCGAGGUGGCUUCGAAAUAAAAUGCGACGAGCACGAGCCCUAUGCGGAGGACAAUUGGCAAUGGGUUCGCAUUGGUGAUGAGGCCGUUUUUCGUCAAGUAGCUCCGCGCACACUGUGCAUUGUACCGAAUGUUAAUGACAAUACAGGAAAGCGGGACGUCGAGGGCGAACCGUUGAAGACUUUGAAAAGCUAUCGCACGUUCAACCAUAGCUCCCCACUUCUGGGCAUACAUUUGGGUCUCCGGCAGCCAGGCAAAGUUAAGGCCAAUGAUGUUGUGUAUGUUGGGGAAAAGUAAAUCAAUCUAUAAUUUGUAUGUAAAUAAUGAAGUUUGAUUUAAAUGAAAAUUGAAUUUAUAUAAAAACGGACUUAUAACAAAAGAAA